AUGUUGGGAAAUAGAAAGAAAGGAGCCCAAGGGUUGAAGAAUGGAGCCGGGACGUCCGAGUCAAAGGCCAUCGAUCCUCUGAGGAACCUGGGUGUGCAGGAGGAUGAAAAUGUGAAGCAAAUGUUGCAUGGCUCCAGUAUGGUUAAGGUUCGAUCGCCUCGCUGGCAGAAGCGGCGAACUCUGAAGCUGAUGGAAGAUGGUGUCACUGUCUGGUGUCAGUCCCACAAAACCUCCAGCCGGGCCAAGGAGCAACAGUCCUUCUCGGUCAUGGAAGUGGAGUGUGUUCGUGAGGGGUGCCAGUCAGAGACUUUGCGGCAGAUGGCCGGCUCCGUGCCCGAGCAGCGGUGUUUGACUGUGGUCUUCAAAGGACCCCGCAAGAGCCUGGAUCUCCUCUGCGAGAGCCAGGAGGAGGCUCAGAACUGGGCCCGCGGCAUCCGCACCCUGCAGGAGAGGGUGGAGAACAUGACCCAGAAGGAGAAACUUGACCAUUGGAUUCAUGCUUACCUGAGUCGGGCUGACCAGAACCACGACGAUAAGAUGAGCUAUGAAGAAAUCCAGACACUGCUGCAGAUGAUCAACAUUGACUUGAGUGACCAGUACGCCCGCAGCCUCUUUCAGAAAUGUGACCAGUCAGCCGACGGCCGUCUGGACCACGGAGAGAUUGAAGUGUUCUGCAGGGAGUUGUUACGGAGGCCGGAGCUGGAUGCUGUGUUUAUCCGCUAUUCCGCAAAUGGCUGUGUACUUUCCACUGUAGACCUGAGGGAAUUCUUGAAAGACCAGGGGGAGGACGCUUCGCUCACCCAUGCCCAAAGCCUCAUCCUCAGCUAUGAACUUAAUGAGUGGGCCCAGAAGAACCAGUUCAUGACCCCCAAUGGUUUCACCAUGUACAUGCUGUCCAAGGAGAACUGUAUGUUCAACCCAGAACAUGCUCGGGUUUACCAAGACAUGAAACACCCAAUGGCACACUACUUCAUCUCCUCCUCCCAUAAUACCUACCUCACUAAGGACCAGCUGACUGGGGACAGCAGCACAGAGCCAUAUAUCCGAGCCCUGAUUCAUGGCUGCCGCUGUGUGGAGCUGGACUGUUGGGAUGGAGAUAAAGGAGAGCCAGUCAUCUAUCAUGGACACACCCUCACAUCCAAAGUGCCCUUUGUCGAAGUCAUUGAGACAAUCAAUGAAUAUGCUUUUAAGGCAUCUCCAUACCCUCUGAUCCUGUCAAUAGAGAACCACUGCUCCGUGGAGCAGCAGACAGUAAUGGCCCGACACCUGCGAUCAAUCCUGGGAGACAAGCUGCUCACCAAGCCCCUCGAUGGUUUGGAUCUUCACAGGCUGCCGUCUCCAGAGGAUCUUAAGGGUAAAAUCCUGGUGAAGGGGAAGAAGGAGCAGGUGGUGGAGGAGUGCUCGUGCAGCUCUUCAGAUCUCAGCUCAUCAGACGAAGAGGCCUGCCGCAGUGAAGGCAAGCCCAGCAAAAAGACAGAGGACAAGAAGCCAGGUGUGUUGAAGCUGAGUCCAGAGCUGUCAGAGCUGGUGGUGUACACCCGCAGUGUGUCCUUUAAAAGCUUUGAACAAGCAGCCAAGAGCCCAGCAACUGACAUGUCCUCUUUCUCUGAAAGUGAAGCGCUCAGGCACGCAAAGGACUCAGGGAUGUUUUUUGUUCGUCACAACAGCCACCAGCUCAGCAGGAUUUACCCCUCAGGCCAGCGCCUCCAGUCCUCCAACUACAACCCUCAGGAGAUGUGGAAUGCAGGCUGUCAAAUUGUUGCUUUGAACUUUCAGACACCUGGCGAGCAGAUGGACCUGAACCAAGGCAGGUUCCGCCAGAAUGGUCAGUCCGGGUAUAUACUGAAGCCUCCCUUCAUGUGCCAACCUGACACCACAUUCAAUCCGGAGAAUGUUGGCGGAGGUCCUGGCCACAAACCUGUCCUGCUCACUAUUAAGGUUAUUUCAGCUCAGCAGCUGCCAAAACCAGAAUGGGACAAACCCAGCUCAAUUGUGGACCCUCAGGUGUGGGUGGAGAUACAUGGUGUUCCCAUAGACAACAUUAAGAAGAAAACUCAGUAUAUCGACAACAAUGGCUUUAACCCACGAUGGGACUGUACCUUCAACUUUACCGUCCAUGUUCCUGACCUGGCUCUGGUUCGCUUCAUGGUGGAGGACCAUGACUAUACCUCAAGCAAUGACUUCCUAGGACAAUGCACCCUGCCUUUUACAAGUCUCCGCACAGGAUACCGUCAUGUCCGACUGCUAAAGCUGGAUGGCUCCAGCCUCUCACCCUCCUCCAUCUUCAUCCAUCUUAAGGUCACCCCAUGUCAGACCAGCCCCUCAAAAUCAUCUGCUAAAUCACCAGCCAGGUCAUCAGCCAAGAAACCUUAAUCCCAUCUCUACCCUAUAGCAACAUGGAAGCCACCAUAGCAAGACCCUUGAACAUAUCUGCCCGGAUCCAGGCAAAAAAGAAAAUCUGGGCUCUGAUUCAUAAAAUUUUACGGUUAUAAGUAACCUUUUCUGACAAAUUUUGCAGCUAUAUACUUAACCUGAAGUCUAUAUUUUAUGGAACAAAGGGUUUCUGGUGUUCCUCUUUAAUCCCUCAAUUAAUGGAUGUUUGAUUUUCAGAGCAGAGACUUGGGAACUUAAUGACAACCCAUUGGACCAGCCUGCAGAAGUCCUAGUUAUUAAUUAACGAGAAUAUGACCAAAGUUUGGUGCUAGAUUUUCUCUUUAGAUUUUGAACAUUUACAAUUCUUAGGUAAGCCUCCUGGAGGAAAGACUUAAUUUAACUACAAGUGUAUUAUUUUGGUGUAUUUUAUCUGAAUGGUCUGACCUGCAUGCCUGCUGAUAUAUGAUUCAAACAUUACUUGGGUAGAGUAGAAAGUCAUCAUCUAUAAGCAAUCCUCUGAUGUGAUAGUGUUUGUACGUUGACAGAACUAUUGGUCGCUGCAAUCAUUCCUGUAGUACUGUCUGUGGAGUGACACGGACUGCCUAAUGUGACUCUACCGUAAAGGACGAGGGACUGAAUCCAAAGUCAACAUUUUGUACAAAA